GGGCGUGUCGGCGGCGGGGGGCGGAGGCCCGGCCCGCCAGUGGUUCCGGGCGCCGCCGCCAGUGGCUGCCGAUGCUGGAGGGAGUUUAUCGCGCCGGGCUGCUCGCGUUAGCGGCGGUGCUGGGCGGGGGCAUCGUUUACGCCGCUUGGGGAAGAUGGUUCCGCGCCGAGAGACCGCAGAAGAAGGUGGUGGAGAAGGUGGCGCCGAAGGUGGAGGAGAAGCAGGAGGACGAAGAAAAUGCAAAACAAAUUCUUGUGGUUGGUCUGGAUGGAGCAGGAAAGACCAGUUUCCUCCACGGCCUGGCAACAAGCAUAGUUAAAAGAAGUGAUGGCCCCACCAAGAUGUUUAACAGUGUUCGCAUUCAGACCGAAGAUGUCGAGAUUGAAUUUCUAGAAAUUGGUGGUGGAGAAGGCCCACGUCAAUUUUGGUCCGAUCACCUGCCAGGAUCACAGGCACUGGUUUAUGUGGUGGAUUCAGCAGAUCACGAUCGGAUGCCACUUGCUAAACGGGAACUGCACCAAUUAAUUCGAGGAGACACAACACUUCCUGUUGUUGUUUUAGCCAAUAAGCAGGAUAUCAAAGGGGCAUGCACCAUUCUAGAAAUUCAUGAGCGGCUUUCCCUUGAGGAUCUCGGCGACGAACGGAAACUUUUCCUCAUCGGAACCCACGUGUCAGAAAAUGGGACACAAGUACCGGCCAGCGUACAAGAUGCCAGGGAACUGAUUGCCCAGCUAGUGAUCUGAUGAGGCGUUGAACCUGCAAUGGAUUCUCGCGGUUUAACCACGAGUCACUGUUGUGUGAUGUAAUAUUACUAAAGCACAAUCAGGUCACAUUUGAUUGUGUGAUGUAGAAACUUUUUUUUUAAAUAUCUUAAGAAAUAACUGUAAUAACAAAUCUGGGUUUGGAAAAAGACUUUUACGCAGUGAUUAUCUAUGUUCCAUAUUUUCACCUUGAAGAAUCUGAUAUAUAACAAGUUUUCCAGUGCUUUUUAAUAUUUUAAAAUAAAUGAUCACUGUACACACUU